GACUCGGAGGAGGCGGGGCUCAGAGUUGGACGCAGACUUUGCCAGGCCGGGGGCGGGGAUGCCGCGGCGGUGACGGCGGCCAUGGUGGUGACGCAGCUGCAGCUGGAGCUGUGCUACGAGGGGCGGAGGCUCCGGGGCUUCACCUGCAGGGUGACGCGCUCCGCCCACGGCCCCCUGCCCGAGAGCUCCUGGGGCAUCGCCGCCCAGGUGCUGCUGCCCUACCUGGUGGCCGGCCUGGGCAUGGUGGGCGCUGGCAUCGUCAUGGAUACCAUGCAACACUGGGAGGUCUUUAAGAAGAUCACGGAGGUGUUCAUCCUGGUGCCGGCCCUGGUAGGGCUGAAAGGGAACCUGGAGAUGACCCUGGCAUCACGGCUCUCCACCGCAGCAAACACAGGUCAGAUGGACGACCCUGGUCAGCAGUGGACGAUGGUGUGCAGCAACCUGGCCCUUAUUCAGGUGCAGGCCACGGUGGUGGGGUUCCUGGCCGCCCUGGCAGCGGUGGGGCUGGGCGCGGUCUCCAGAGGGGGGGUGGAGCUGGACCAGGCCGCCGUGCUGUGCGCCAGCAGCGUGACCACAGCCUUCGUGGCGGCGCUGUCCUUAGGUGACCCUCCCGGCCUCCUCCGUUACCGUGACGGCGUUACCAUCCCAACGGGCCGACGCGUGUCGCGGGGCAGCCGCCCGUCCUCCAGCGGCUCGCUAAUCGGCACCACGGCGGCCCGCCGAUGGCUAACCGAGGCUACUCGGUUCCAUCCGACUCGGGUGGAUCAUCGGGGGUCUCCCCGGAAAGUGGGCAUCAACCCCGACAACGUGGCCACGCCCAUCGCCGCCAGCCUGGGGGACCUGAUCACCCUGUCGCUGCUGGCCGGAGUCAGCAGCGCCCUCUACCAGUACAGAGACGUGUGGUACCUGUCCCCCCUGGUCUGCGCGCUCUUCUUGUGUCUGAUCCCGUUCUGGGUGGUCAUCGCCAGGCGCAGCCCGCAGAUCCAGGUGGUUCUGAGGUCGGGGUGGCAGCCUGUCAUCGUGGCCAUGUUCAUCAGCAGCAUCGGAGGCCUCAUUCUGGACAGGACGGUGAGCGACCCCAAAUUCGAGGGCAUGGCCGUGUUCACCCCCGUUAUUAACGGAGUGGGCGGUAACCUGGUGGCUAUCCAGGCCAGUCGGAUCUCCACUUACCUGCAUUCCUGGAGCAUUCCGGGGGUGCUUCCGCACAAGAUGAGGCAGCACUGGCCCAACCCCUGCGUCACCUUCUUCUCUGCAGGGGUCAACUCCAAGUCGGCCAGGGUGCUGUUCCUGCUGGUGUGCCCGGGUCACCUGGUGUUCCUCUACGCCAUCCACCUGCUCCAGGGCGGUCACGCCGCCAUCACCCUCACCUUCGUCUGCUGCUACCUGUGCGCGGCCCUGCUCCAGGUCGGGAUCUUGCUGUACGUGGCCGACCUCAUCGUGCGGCUGAUGUGGAGGCGGAGCCUGGACCCCGACAACUUCUCCAUCCCGUACCUGACGGCGCUGGGGGACCUGCUGGGGACGGGGUUCCUGGCCAUCUGCUUCCACCUGGUCACGCUGGCCGAGGGGGCGGGGCUGUGA